CGCAUGAUAACAAACCCGAUUAAAGGAGUUAAUAAGGUUUCAUAAUUUAUCAUAAUAUAUAUUUUGAAAUGUAGCACCGUAAAUCCAUCAAAGUUUUCAGAUAUUAGACGUAUACAUUUUUCAAAAUGUAAACAACGCUGUGUUCUUCGUUCGGACUGUCCAAAGGAUCUGAUAACACAUUGAAAUUUUGGCCGACAAUGGUAGAAACGUUAAGGGUUGGACGCUGCAUCCUGUUAAAGCAAAAAACUGCUCACUACCAGUAUGAUUUCAAGGAUAAACAAAUCCAAAAAAUGUCGGGCUCGGAGUUGGGUUGAGGCGUCUUUUCAAAAAAGAGAUUGUGUCAAUUUCAUUCCAAGCAAACUCGAUAAAAACAGAUGUGGCUGUGGGCUAUCUUUGACAUUCCACUGUGGCGGAGGCAACGGUUCUAUUCAGUUGGAUCCGAACAAUGCCAACGAAAUUUGGUCUCCUAUCAAGCACACGGUACUUUCACCGACAGAUGCUUAUGGGACAAUCGAAUUUCAAGGUGGCCCCCAUCCGACUAAAGCUCAGUACGUAAGAUUAUCGCACGACACUCGACCAGAAAUAAUACUUCAUCUUUUUACACGAGAAUGGGGUCUAGAACUACCAAAACUUUUGAUUACCAUCCAAGGAGGAAAAGCGAAUUUCGAACUACAGCCUAAGUUGAAAAAAGUAUUGCGCAAAGGCCUAUUAAAAGCAGCAAAAACCACUGGUGCUUGGGUGUUUACGGGGGGAACGAACACAGGUGUCACACGUCAAGUGGGAGAUGCACUAUUACUUGAUUCCCAGCGAACUGGUAGAAUCGUAUCCAUUGGCAUUGCCCCAUGGGGUAUCAUCGAAAACAAUCACGAACUCAUUGGACACAACAAAGACGUCCCUUAUCAUUCUAUAUCGUCGCCCAGAUCAAAGUUAGCAGUAUUAAACAAUAGACACACGUAUUUUCUUUUAGUAGAUAACGGUACAUCAGCACGUUAUGGUGCGGAAAUAAUAUUACGGCGAAAACUAGAGAAAUACAUUUCAAUUCAAAAACUUCAUCCAAGUGCACAUUACAGUACGCCUGUUGUGUGUCUAGUAAUCGAAGGCGGAACUAAUACCAUAAGAGCCGUGCUGGAGUACGUGACCGAUACACCGCCUGUACCGGUAGUCGUCUGUGAUGGUUCUGGCCGAGCAGCGGAUCUAAUAGCUUUCACGCACAAAUAUGCGUCAGACAAUGGAGAGCAAACUGUUUUGGAAAACAUGAAAGAGUACAUAUUGGAUAACAUUCGACGGGCGUUUGAAGUCGGACCAGAACAAGCUGAAUGUUUGUUUCAAGAGUUGAUUGAAUGCACUAGAUACAAACACAUGAUUACGGUUUUUCGAAUAAGUGAUGGCCAAGAAAAGUCACAAGAAUUGGAUCAAACAAUAUUAACAGCGUUGUUCAAAAGUCAGCAUUUAUCACCGUCUGAACAAUUGAGCUUAGCUCUGACGUGGAAUCGGGUUGAUAUUGCAAGAUCAGAAAUUUUCGUGUAUGGACAGGAGUGGCCACUAGGGGCUUUAGAAGAAUCUAUGAUGCAAGCUUUAGAGCAUGACAGGAUUGAUUUUGUAAAGUUACUGUUGGAAAACGGUGUGAGCAUGAAAAAGUUUUUGACAAUAUCGAGAUUGGAAGAAUUAUACAACACAAAACAAGGGCCAACUAAUACUCUGGGCUAUAUCCUGAGGGAUGUGAGGCCUCAUAUUUCACCGGGAUAUAUGUACACGUUACACGACAUCGGAUUAGUCAUCAAUAAACUAAUGGGUGGCGCAUAUAGAGCUCAGUACACAAGACGCAAGUUUCGCCUAAUGUAUGCACAAACGCGUCGGUUAAAUAAUAUGCACAGGAAUAGCGCCUCGUUUACACGAUUUUAUGGAAAUAACUUAACAUUAGGGGUUUUAGCUGAUUCGGAUAACUCUGAAGAUGAAACAUUGUUUGAAUAUCCUUUCAAUGAGCUGUUGAUUUGGACUGUUUUGACGAAACGCCAAGAAAUGGCAUUGCUUAUGUGGCAACACGGUGAAGAAGCUUUGGUUAAAUCGCUGGCUGCUUGUAAAUUGUAUAAAGCCAUGGCACAUGAAGCGGCUGAAGAUGAUUUGGAAACUGAGAUAUAUGACGAGUUACGAAACUAUGCUAAAGUUUUUGAGGACAUUUCCUUGGAGUUAUUGGAUUAUUGCUAUCGUCAAGACGACGAUCAAGCCCAACAGUUAUUAACUGUUGAACUACAAAACUGGAGUGGGCAAACCUGCCUUAGCUUAGCUGUGGCAGCAAACAAUCGAGCUCUACUUGCACAUCCGUGUAGCCAAAUAAUACUUGCUGAUCUAUGGAUGGGCGGUCUGAGAACAAGAAAAAAUACCAACAUUAGGAUUUUGUUAGGACUGCUUUUUCCACCAUACAUUUCUAGACUGGAGUUUAAAUCUAGAGAAGAAUUGCAAUCGAUGCCUCAAACCGAAGAAGAGCAUUUGUAUGGGUUGGAAUUGGAAGAAGACACAGAGAGUAUGGAGGAAGGUGGUGUUCAUCGAUCGCAUUUAAACCUGGUAGAAACAAAUUUGGAUGGCGUAACGAUACCAGUCGAUAAUGAUAAUGCUGAAAAUGGCACAAUGUUACCAAGUGGCUCGUUGGGCACUGUGAAAAGUAUAGAUUUUGAACAUAAAUGCAUAACACCGACUUACGAAUACAGUGUGUUUGACUUGAAAAGACAACGUCCGUUGCCGUUGCAACGUAAAAUUUUUGAAUUUUACACUGCUCCUAUAACAAAAUUUCUAGCUAAUUCGGCUGCUUACUUUGUGUUCUUGGUUUUGUUUACCUAUGUUGUACUUGUGAAAAUGGGACCGAGUCCGUCUUGGCAAGAACUUUAUGUAAUUGCUUACAUAUGCACUUUUGGAUGUGAAAAAAUAAGAGAAAUUGUGUCAUCUGAACCGACAAGCAUAAAUGAUAAGUUCUCGGUCUGGGCUUGGAAUAUGUGGAACCCGUGUGACGCAGCCGCUAUAAUAUUUUUCUUGACUGGCUUAUGCCUAAGAUUACAAGAGUCGUCCCAGGCUAUUGGUCGUGUCAUGUUUUGUGUUGAUAUUAUUUACUGGUAUUUGCGAAUAUUUAAUAUAUUGGGCGUAAAUAAAUAUCUCGGACCUCUGGUUACUAUGAUGGGCAAAAUGGUAAAAAAUAUGCUCUAUUUUGUGGUUCUUCUUCUCGUGGUCCUAAUGAGCUUUGGAGUCAGUCGACAGGCAAUUUUAUCUCCAGACUCAGAACCUGACUGGAUCCUAAUUCGUCAUAUAUUUUUGCAACCAUAUUUUAUGCUUUACGGAGAGGUGUACGCCGAUCAAAUAUACCCUGAAUGCGAAGAAUCCCCUUCAAUGCAACACUGUCAAACCGGACGAUGGAUUACACCAUUAGUGAUGGCUAUGUACUUGCUGAUUGCCAACAUUUUACUUAUCAAUUUGUUGAUCGCAGUAUUCAAUAACAUAUUCAACGAUAUUAACGCAAUAUCUCACCAGGUUUGGAUGUUCCAGAGGUUCACUGUGGUCAUGGAAUACGAACAAAAACCAGCACUACCCCCUCCUUUAAUUUUUUUUUGCCAUAUAUUUUUGUUGACUAAAUAUUUGUGUCGCAAAAUCCAAGGCAUACAAGAAACGUACGACAACGGUCUGAAAUUGUUUUUGUGCAACGAAGAACUAGAGCAACUCUAUGACUUUGAGGAAGAAUGCGUAGAAGGUUAUUUCCGAGAAAAAGAUUACAAAGUACAAAUAUCUAUGGAGGAAAGAAUCAAAUCGUCUGUGGACAAAAUGGAAAACAUUCAACAAAAAGUAGAAGACAUCAAUCAGAAAGAAAAUUCACACAAUUCGUCUGUACAAUCUUUGGAAUUCAGACUUCACAAAAUAGAGGAAUUGAUGGACCAGACGUUAUCUACUUUAGGAGUGAUUCAUAGAUUUAUGGCUACCCAAAGUGGUGAUCACGAUAGCGGAAGUAGCAGUGACCAUGCUCAUAAAAGAAGUAAUUUGUAUGAACCGGAUUAUGAAAACGAUCCUAAAACAGUAGUUACCGGCAGAACAAGAUGUAUCAGCGAGAGAUCAGAUUUGUUAUCAGAUAUUUCAGACACUUUACCGCCGUCAGCUUGUCGCAGAAGAAAAAAGUAUUCGUUCAACGAAAUUCGCCAUCCCAAUUUGUCGGACAGUAAUUUUCUGUUAUCUGCGGACGGCGUUUGCUCAUAUAACGAUAGGCCUUGUAUGGAACUAAACACAUAUGAAUGUCGUCGUAUGUCUUUAAACUCGGCUAGACACAACGAUCGAAAAUAUGACACUGAGAGCACUUUAUCGCCGGACUUCAAUAGUAAAGAUUUAGAUGACGCCGCCGAUAACAUAGACAAUAUGGCUGAUGAAUGCAAAGGCAACGAAUUGUUCCAGUCGAAAUCUUGUGGUGAACGCACUAACGUUUGGGUCGAACCCCGGAUUAAAGUGUUUCCGCCCACUCCAAGUAGACCAGUGAUGAUGAACAAACGCAUCGAAUACACAAGCAUAACAGAUGAACUAGAAACUGUGUGCGGCCUAAUUAGUCCUCCUUGUUCGCCUAGCAUGUUGUCUCCACACUGCGACCAUUCGCCGAAACGUGGAAAUACGCCUGUGCCUCGUAAGAGACACGCUUCGGAAAUGUCCAAUCCGGAAAUUGCCAGAUACUUGGAAAAGGAACAUCUGAGGGACGCCGAAGAAAAUGAUUAUCAUCUGAUGGAAGGCCUGAUCAGGCAUCAUAAGCAAAACCCGUCUAAUACUAACGAACUGUCUAUCAUCACCCAACACGAUCACAUAGACAUCCACCGAAGGACAACCUUAUGUCCGGGCCCCGAUAUUGAUGCUAGCGAACCUCUUACAAACGCUGCUCAUACCUCCGAAUGCUCGACAUCUCACAAUCAGCUAAACGGAAUGUCUUCCACAAAUUGCGAUUAAACCAAAAUAUUAUGUCAAA